AUGUAUGGCAGUCUCUCUAAAACGUUGGGUCUAACUUACCAAGAGAUUGCUAAAAUUCCCUUAGGAGAAGGAUCUAUGAGACAUGGUCAGGUCCUGGAGGUUAAUGGGGAGAAAGCAAUUGGCCAGGUACCAAAGACGCUUCCAGAAGAAGCACUCUCUAAGAUGAGCACACCACCAAAGAGUGAAUCACCAAUCAUCACUCCUGACGAACUAACUGAAGCUGAUGGGUUCGUCUUUGGAUUCCCAACAAGGUACGGCAUGAUGGCUGCUCAGUUCAAAGUCUUCUUGGACACUACCGGUGGACUCCGGAGAACUCAGUCACUUGCUGGUAAACCAGCUGGAUCUUCUACAGCACUGGCUCUCAAGGUGGUAGCCAAGAAACCACUGCGUAAGUUCCCAUGA